AUGCCGAAAAAACGGAUUAAAUCGCACUCCGAACUUUCGCAGCAUGCCGCGCGAAUGCCAAGCAUGCUUCGUCCUAUUGUCGAUUUCCUGAUUGGCAGUCGUGACAGCGAUUCCCAAAGCAAAAGUGACGAGGGUAACAGGGCAGCACCCUGUGAGUCUGAGCUGCAUAAGAUCGUCGCCAGCUGGAAAGGCGUCGGGUUACAAUCCGCGAUACGUGACAAAGGACGGAUUGUGCCUACGCGGUUACAGAGCCAACAAGUCGGCGAAGAUGCAUAUUUCCUGAAAGAGGAUGCGAUCGGCAUUGCGGACGGCGUCGGUGGCUGGGCGUCGUGCGUCCGUGCAGACCCUGCGCUGUUCUCGCGUCUCUUGAUGCAUUUCUGCUUUUCAGAGCUGAACAGAUUGGAUACCGCGCUCGUCCAUGAAGUGGCUACCAGCGAUGCGGAGAAAACUAUCGCGCAGUGGAUGCAGUGUGACCCUAUAGAGGUACUGCAAGUCGCUUGGGAGCGAUGCGUUCGUGCGUCAAAACGCGAAGGUAUCAUGGGCAGCUCUACUGCACUUCUUGCUGUUUUGCGCGGCAACGAGUUACGUGUUGCUAAUAUGGGCGACUGUGUGCUAAUGCUCAUUCGAGAUGGACGUAUGCUUUUCCGCACCUCGGAGCAGCAACACAGUUUUAACUUCCCUGUGCAGCUGGGAAUGAUGGAUGCAACUGCAGAGAGUGUGAGUAUUGCCUCUGCAUUGUGCAUGCACAGAAAUGCAAUGAUUCCCGACGGCGGAAAAGAUAACGAACUCACGGAUGUUACGCAGACUAUGCGGGAUCUGAUUUAUAUGUAUGAUCACACGAGCUACGACCCUAAAUGGGAUAACCCACACGAUGAUGCGGGAAACUGGAGCAUAAAAGUACAAGAAGGUGAUAUUGUGAUCAUGGCGUCCGAUGGGCUGCUCGAUAACUUAUUUGACGAAGAGAUUCUCGGUGAAAUCCGCGCUGUGCUUGCCAAAUACAGAAUCAAAGAGGCGUCUGAUAUUGUCAAAGAGAUCGAUUUGCCCUAUUCCAUUUCUAAAGCGCUGUGUAGAGCAGCCAAAGUUACCAGUGAGGACCCACGGGUCGUAGUAAGUCCAUUCCAGCAGCAAGCGAGUGAAGAGGGCCUUUACUAUGCCGGCGGCAAAAAUGAUGAUAUUACAGUACUGAGUGCAGUUGUUGCACACGCUGAAUAUGAGCGAGUGUGA